GAGCCGGUGCCGGAUCUGAGAGGGAGCGGGUUUCGGCGGCCCUGCUUCAGGCUGGUGUUGCUGCGCUGCUGCUGCUGCUGUUCUUCUCCUCCAAUGAACGGCACCAUGGCCGCGUCCUCCAACAGGAUCAUGCUGGGCCCUCUCGUUGCGGCGAUCGACCAGGGCACGAGCUCCACGCGCUUUCUGGUUUUCAAUGCUAAAACAGCAGAGCUCCUCAGCCACCAUCAAGUCGAAAUUCAACAAAGUUUUCCCAAAGAGGGCUGGGUGGAAGAAGACCCGAAAGAGAUUCUGCAGUCUGUGUACGAGUGCAUGGACAGAACCUGUGAGAAACUGACUCAACUCAACAUCGACAUCUCCAACAUUAAAGCCAUUGGUGUGACCAAUCAGCGAGAAACCACACUGGUCUGGGACAAGGAAACGGGAGAGCCACUUUACAAUGCGAUUGUAUGGCUGGAUCUACGCACACAGUCCACGGUGGAGAGACUUAUUAACAAAACACCAGGCAGGAACAAAAACCACCUGAAGCAUAAGACCGGCCUUCCUAUCAGUACUUACUUCAGUGCAGUGAAGCUCCGAUGGUUAAUGGACAAUGUAGAUGAAGUGCACAAGGCUGUCCUCUCACACAGAGCCAUGUUUGGAACAAUUGACUCCUGGCUUAUAUGGUGCCUAACUGGAGGAAAGAAAGGUGGUGUCCACUGUACAGAUGUGACCAAUGCGAGCAGGACGAUGCUUUUUAAUAUUCACACGAUGGAUUGGGAUCCAGAUCUCUGCAAGUAUUUUGAUAUACCAAUGGAGAUUCUUCCAAAAGUGAGAAGUUCCUCAGAGAUCUACGGUUUAAUGAAAAUCAGUUCUAGUCUGAAAUCUGGUGCACUCACUGGUGUUCCAAUAUCAGGGUGUUUAGGGGACCAAUCAGCUGCUCUUGUGGGACAGAUGUGUUUUCAGGACGGCCAGGCCAAAAAUACUUAUGGGACUGGGUGUUUCCUGCUCCGAAACACAGGAUCAAAGCCAGUGAUGUCAGAUCAUGGCCUUUUAACAACAGUAGCUUAUAAACUGGGUCGAGACAAACCAGCCUGCUACGCACUUGAGGGUUCAGUUGCCAUAGCUGGAGCUGUCGUGCGCUGGUUGAAAGAUAACCUUGGGAUUAUCCAGACUUCCACAGAGCUCGAGAAACUGGCUGCUAGUGUUGGAACAUCCUACGGUUGCUACUUUGUCCCUGCAUUUUCUGGCCUGUACGCUCCCUACUGGGAACCAAGUGCUAGAGGAAUAAUUUGCGGUUUGACUCAGUUCACGAACAAAAGUCAUUUGGCCUUCGCUGCCCUUGAAGCAGUCUGCUUUCAGACACGAGAGAUCCUGGAUGCGAUGAAUCAGGACAGUGGGAUUCCUCUGAAUCAGCUGCAGGUUGAUGGAGGCAUGACCUCUAACAGGCUCCUGAUGCAGCUACAGGCCGAUAUACUCUGCAUUCCAGUAGUGAAGCCGUCCAUGCCUGAGACUACAGCUCUAGGAGCGGCUAUGGCAGCAGGUGCCGCAGAGGGGGUCAGCGUGUGGAGUCUGAGCCCUGAGGACCUUACUGAGGUCACUUCUGAGAAAUUUGAACCCCAGAUUAACCCUGAAGAGAGUGAAUUCCGGUAUGCUCGCUGGAAGAAAGCCGUCCAGAGGUCCAUGAACUGGGAAACCACAGAACCAAUCAUGAAUGGAAACGAGGAGUCUAGUAUCUUCAGUAGUGUUCCACUGGGCUUUUACAUUCUGGGUAGCAUGUUAAUGUUAAUUGGAGCAAAGUACAUUGCAGGCCACAAGUAGAGAAGAAGAUUCCUCCUCCACACUAGAGAAUGGCGGAAAAUCACAUGGUCCUGGGCCUGUCCAUCAAGUCUGUGAAAAAUGGACAUUAGUCCAGUGUCCAGCUACCAUGGCAAUGCGGUUCCCCCUACGGACAUUCCAGCUGUAACAGCUAAGUUUCCAGACACGGCAGACACAUUCUCCCAACCUGACUUGCCAAGGAACAUCUGGCAACCUCAACAUCUUACCAUAUGACUUCCAAAGAAGUCAACUCAGGGUUGCCAGAGUUUGGGAAUGGUGGAAUUGUGCUGUUGGGAUUCUGUGAAGCUUUGUUGUCCUGUCCCAGCAUGAUAAUACUGUAGGUCCUCGUCUCCUUAUCGACUGUACACUUAUUGUGUUCAAAAUGCAUUAGAGUGCUUUGGCCAUGUUGUAAAUUCUGAAGGAGCAUCAACAAUCAAGCAGCUUUUUAUUGUACCACCAGGUCCUUACUGAAAAGCUUUAUGAAUGGAGAAACCCACAUGCAUUUUCUAGGUUUUAAUGGGAUGGUCUUACAUUGGUAAUUGUGAGCUUUAAGGGCCGGAACAAACUUGUAGACUGUUUGGCUGGUAAUAUUGAGUUACACACAGGUACAUGCAAACCACUUGCUGAUAAUGCUCUGAUAAGUAGUGAUUUUUCUUUUUCAUAAUGAACUUCUUACAUGAAGACAGUCUGGAUAAAUUGAUUAUGAUUUUUUUACAGGCUUGUGAAUCUAGACACAAAACAUCUUGAUUUAAAGGAGAAAAUAGUAGGUGUAAAAAAAGGUGUAAAAUAGACUUUGCAUGUAGUGAAACAUGAUAAGUACAAAUUUUUGUCAAAUGUCCUACCUUUCUUCUCCCCAGCAUUCCAAAAUUCAGCGCUUAUAGCAGAUGCUCCCAGCAGGUUUACAGUGCUAGUGAUAGGGGCAUAGCGUUACCCAUGCAAAGAAAUCACUAUUUUUACACCAUUAACUCAAAGCUUAAAUUAUCCUUAAAUUAAGUGACGAUGCGUCUAUUGACAAGCACGAAUGAAUGUCUACUCAAUCUAGAAAUUGCUUCCGUCUUACCGAGGCCUAAGCUUUUUGAUCUUUCCACAACACAGUUUUUUAUUAUUUUUUAUUUUCUUUGCAUUAUCAGCACUAUGCCCCUUUUGCUUGCAUUGUAAGUCUGUUGGGAGCAUCAGCAAAAAUGCUUUAUUUCAGAAUGCUGGUGGUCAUUACACCCAAAAUCUAUUUCAACACCGGAUUUCUACUUUAAAAAACAGCAGUUAAAAAAAAGCUAAUUUUCCCUUUAGCAAAAAAAACUUGGGCUGUCAAAGAAUUUCAAAUAAUAACAGUUAAUAAUAUAUUUUUUGCGGUUAUUUGUGAUUAUUUUCAUCAUAGUCUUGUGCACUGUUUUUUAGAAAGCUGUGCAUUUGUUUUAGCCUUAAGUAAGAAAAUCAUAUUUUAUCGUUAUCACAAUACACGUUUUCACAAGAAACGCAUUAAAGAGCUGCGAUUACACCUUGCCGAGAACAGCAAACUCAAACUGCAUUACCUCUUUUGUAGCAACAGAGGAAGCUCUACAUACUGCAGACUGUGAUCAUGUGACACAUCUCAGCUGCAAUGAGUGUGACCACGCCAACUGCUGAAAAACUGUUAGUUUAAAUUACUAACUAAUAAUUAACUAAUAUAAAUUAGUUUAAACUAAUUUGAACUAAUAUCUUAUUUUACCUUUUUUUUUUUUUUUUUUACAUCUUUUUAUAUCAUUUCAGUUGUAGGCACUCUGGCGGUCUGGUGCAUAGAGUUCGUAGAUUCUUGUUAAAGUUGAGGGUUUUGAGGAGAACUGGAUCCCCAUUUAGCUGCUCUUGGCUUUUUGCGAGCAUUCAGAGUCUGCUGAAGAUGCUGAAGGUUUUAACUGUAAAAAUAAGUAAAGUUUAAUAUAAAUAAAACACACUAUAGCUUUAGAGAACAUGUACAAUUGUAGCACCCAAGAAGCUGAUGACCUUCCUGAUGAAUUUAAGGGGAUAAACUAGGAAAAUACAUUAGCAUCAGAUAAAGUUAACAUAUUAACUUUGACAGCACAAGUUAUAACAAAGCUAUUUUUAUGAUCCGAAGUGAUUGAAAAUCAAGAAAAACUAGAAAUUGUUAAUAAAAACAAAUAAAAGAAAAAAAAAAGAUUCUAAACCAUGGUCAGAUUUAAACAUUAGACAUUAAAUUAAAGCUCAACAUUUUUCAUAAGCAUCUCUGCGGAACCACCCAAAUUCAGACUUUGUGGAGCACUUUAGUAUGAAUUAUGUUGUGCUGUUAUUAAUGAGUCAGUGUAUGCACUGUAGGGAAGUGUGAAGUUUGUAUAAUUGCUUUUUUAAAAAUAAUUUUAUGCAGUUUUACGUACUGAAAAGGUUGUAGUUAUGCAGUGAAGCUGAUGAGAAUACUGUGUACCGGGGGUUCCAUUCGAGAUACCUGACCCAAAACACUGUGUAUCGUGAGGUAGGACAAAAGAAGAAGAAGAAAUAAUCUUCUGCACUGAUCUAGGACCAGCAGGCUGACCUAAUCAAAACAAUUAGAUCAUUGGACAGUUUUCAAUAUAUUGAAUAUUGAAAACUGUCCAAUGAUCUAAUUGUUCUAAUUGUUUGAAUAGUUGUACAGUUGUUUUUGACAUGAUUACCAUAAAGCAAAAACAACGAUGGUGCCAGCUAUUGGUAUUCUUUGUUUGUUUGAUUAAUGCAUAAACUAAACCAUACAUUAGUUAGAGAUUUCUACUGAAAUAUAUUCUAAUGAAAACUUUUGAGUAAAUUAACAUGGUAUUCAAUAUUUAUACUGAGCUUUCUACUUUAACAUUUUGUUUGUAGCACAAGCUCCUCAAUGAGUUUAGCAUUAUGCUACACAGCAUUAUAAAAAUGGAAAACAUGAAUUAUGUUUAAAAAAAAAUAAAAAUCUGAAAAAGAUACCUUGACUUAGGUUUCAAUUCGUGAACCAUUUUUCCCAGAUAACUUCUUUUAAAUAAAUGAAGAAAAAUAAUUUAACAUUGAGUCAGUGGUCAUGUAUCGCACCUGACUGCAGAUUAUUUCAUAGAGUUUAAUUUCCAAAUGCAUUGAAAAAGUAGUAUAGCAUAAUUUGCUUAAUUUAGCACAAAACACAAAUUAUUUCUUUAUUCACCAAUAGGUUGUGGGGGGGACUUCCAUUUCCUGUGAGUUAUGCUCACUCAAAACAACUUUUUUUCACUGGAAAAAUGAAAUUUCGUGCAUUUUGGGAAACAAACUCUUAAGUUGCCAAAAAUGUACAUCUUUUUAAAUUGUACUUUCGAUAGUAAAAAAUUAAUUCGGUCAGUGCCAUAAAAAGUACUUCAGAAUUUCAAAGUCUAGGUCUAGUCAGUACUAGAUAUACAGCUCUGGAAAUAAUUAAGAGACCACUUCUGUUUCUGAAUUAGUUUCUUUACGGACAACAUUUCUCCCAAAUAGUCAUUUAGAGCACUUAUUUGCAGAAAAUGAGAAAUUGCUGAAAUAACAAAAAAGAUGCAGAGCUUUCAGACCUCGAAUAAUGCAAAGAAAACAAGUUCACAAAGCUUUAAGAGUUCAGAAAUCAAUAUUUGGUGGAAGAACCCUGCUUUUUAAUCACAGUUUUCAUGCAUCUUGGCAUGUUCUCCUCCACCAGUCUUGCACACUGCUUUUGUAUAACUUUAUACCACUCCAAAAUAAAAAAAAAACAUAUAAUUUCUAAGUGGUCCCUUAUUUUUUUUCCAGAGCUGUAAGCAUGUUUACAGCAAGCUAAUAGUCCAGAUUAGCUAAACUUGCUAAAGUGCGCAUAGUUUAUGUUCUGAAGUGUACGAGAGCCAUAAUGCCAGAAUUAGGAAGAAAAACUGCUGCACGAACUGAAAUUGCCUUAAACGUUGUGCCCAUGUAGCAUUCUGAGCAACAGACGUGAGCUAAGCUGUGUGGCUAGCCAUUAAGUUAGCAGCACAUCAAGAAUAAGGCGCUUGCUAGCAGCUAACAGCUAACUGGUGAGCUGUACAGUACACUGAGGUAAAGCUUCUCUUCUACUACUCUUAGCUGAACGACUAUUUUUGGUGAUCAGUUUUUUUAGUGGCCCAUCCUUUAUCUGGAGUUUUUUUCAGAGCUUGACUUUUAUGGUUAAGUUUGUAUCUCCUAAUCUAUUUAUAUAAGUACAAUAAAUCUGGCUUGGUUUGUCAGUAUGGGGGCAAAAAAAAUCAGAAAGUAGACAAAUGUCUGAUGGAAAAGUGACUAGAACCACAGAUACAUGUUCCACUGUAAAAUGGCAGGAAACUGCAGACUAUUAACUGUUUUGUUACCUGCUGAGAAUUUUCCUCACUGCUAUAAACUGUGAUAAGUGUUUUGUUACUGAUGCCUACAGAACAAUGAGAGGUUCUCUACCAGAACACAAAAACAAAGGAUCUUACCUGGAUUUGGCGUAAAAUGAAUCUGCUCUGAUACGAGCCACUGGAUCAGAAAUCCUCAGUUCUGAUAUUCGUUGGGUACAUAUUUAUGUUCAUACUUACUUCAGUGUCAUGUCAUCAUAUUGUGGGUUUUCCCCUUUUCGUUUAAUGUUAAUGGUAAAUUGUAUGGUCCAAUGCCAAUGAAUUUGAUGUCAAUGUUUUGGAACCAUGAUGCACUCUACUUUACAUAAAGCCAAUCAGUUUGUAGUACCACUGAAGUACACUUUUGUAGUUUACUGUACAUUUGUAAAGGAAUGUUUUGGAGGUAUGUAUGUGACCUGAACUUACUUUUCAUUUUUAUUUUAUUUGUAUUUGUUUUUUUCUCUCUCUCACUGUACUUGAACUGACCCGUUCACUUUUAUAAAGCAAAACAGUGGCCAGUAUUACUUUGUUUUCUUUCUUCUGUAUGUUAGUUUGAAUGUAUGUUGCAUGACAAAUCUGUAAAUUGUCAAUAACCUCUGGACAUGUUUAAAUGGUUCACUUUAGCAAACGUUCGUUUUUCUUCAUGCCCUCAAUAAAAGCUGUGGUAUUUUGU